GGGCAUGCGCCUGCGCACAAUUAGUCUCAUCAUUAUUAAAUAGCGGGAAGCACCAUGCGUGUGUUAGUGCUCUGCAGCUUCGCACUUUUAGAUUUAUUAUUUCAUGCCAAUGCUCUAACAUGCAGAUCAGACGGAGGUCCCAAAGAGGAAGAACUAAAAAUGAUUUACAUGAACUGCCUGAAGUCUCAAGAUGGCAAGAACUCGAGUAACAGUCGAGACUACUCGGACGACUACAGUUCCAGGGAAAAACGCAAGCACAGUAAGGGUUCCAAUUUCGGAAGACGAGAAAAUGCCUUCGGAGGAAGAGAAGAAUCUUAUGGAAGCAGAGACGAAUGGACCGAUCGCGAUUGGACCAGAUCUCGGGACCAAACGCAGAGCAGGGGCGACUGGUCUAGCCGGGACGAUAAAGUGUCAAGUGGGACCACACAGUACGGUAGAUCGGAAUCCGGGAGCAGUCGGGAUAGCAUGAACAACAUGAGGACCAGUACGAAUAAUAUGCGGAACAACAUGAACAGUAGAGAUAGCAGAAUGGGUGGCGGCAGGGAAGAUUAUGGAGAUAACGACUAUGAGUCCGAUACACAUGGCUACAACAAUCGGCAGCAGCAAUCCAGAAGGAUGAAGCGUGAGAGAUCCUCAGGUCACAGGAGUCAGUACAACCCCAAUACCUCCAGAUCAGGGUCAGGAUCCGGAUCUGGAUCUGGUCAUGAUGAUUCUUACAGGAAUAAUGACAAGAACUCCAGUGAGAACAAUUCCAGCAGAGACUCGGACCAUAAAGCUUGUGCUUUACAUUGUUUUCUGGAAGAGCUGGAGAUGACAGGUGACAACGGCAUGCCUGAUAGAUAUUUGGUAACGCAAGUUAUCACUAAAGAUGUCAAGAAUGAGGAUUUGAGAGAUUUUCUACAGGAGUCGAUUGAGGAAUGCUUCCAGAUUUUAUACAAUGAAAACAUGCAAGACAAGUGCGAUUUUUCAAAGAACCUCAUGCUGUGUCUAUCAGAGAAAGGCCGAGCCAACUGUGAUGACUGGAAAGACGACAUCAAAAUCUAAUCUUUGCAAACAUCUUCCCUCCCAAUCGUGGAAGCUUUGAAUGAACGGCAUUU